GUGUAAUAGAACAGAAAUAGGUUGGUUUGCAAAUUAAAUUGGCAAACAUCUGUGGUAGCUUGGAUCAGUCAUGAAACAUCUGAUGGUGAGGUUCAUGAUGGAUGCUGGAUAAUUGAUGAUGAUGAUGAUGGACAGUAUCAUGCGUUCACAUGCCCCAAUGUAAUUCUUUCACAGGUCUGAAAGACGGUUUACAUAUCGGGAACCUCUUCAGGAAGUGCUGUGUGUCAUUGGUCCUCAAAGUACAAGAAAUGUUUCCGGAAAUAGGUCCACGAAAACUGUAAAAUUGAUUUUAAAGCUCCCAUCAUGUGAUGUCCAGCACAUGUUGUUUGAGAUGCUAUUUAACAGAGACAUCAACUGUGGCCAUUCAAACUACUCUAAAUUUGGACCUUUGGUAAGACUGGAUGCAUGAUGCUCUCCUCAACUAAACGCAGCAAGUUAAUUUUCUUUGUUAAUGGGAAAAGGAUAACAGAAAAUAAUGCAGACCCUGAGGAGAUGCUCCUUGGCUAUCUUAGAAGGAAAGUUGGUCUCACAGGGACAAAGUAUGGCUGUGGAGGAGGAGCGUGUGGAGCGUGCACAGUGAUGCUGUCCAAAUACGAUCCUCUCCUGGACAGUGUGCUUCACUACACGGUGAUCGCCUGUCUUCAGCCCAUCUGUGCGCUGCACGGCACAUCCGUGGUGACCGUGGAAGGCAUCGGCAGCACCAAGACCAAACUUCACCCUGUCCAGGAGCGCAUAGCAAAGGCUCAUGGUUCUCAGUGUGGCUUCUGCACCCCUGGUAUGGUGAUGUCCAUGUACACUCUACUGAGGAACAAGCCCCAGCCCACCAUGGAGGACAUCACAGAGGCACUGGCUGGGAACAUCUGCCGGUGCACAGGCUAUCGGCCCAUCAUCGAUGGGUUCAAGACCUUCUGUGACGCCACUGACUGCUGUCAAACUGGAGAUGGAGAGCAGAGGUGUUGUGGCAGUAAUGGACCCUCCAGCACAAAUGGAUGUAAAGAUACGUCUGAGAAGCUCUGUGACAUGGAGAAUGCCUUACCACUGGACCCAACUCAGGAUCUCAUAUUUCCACCUGAACUUAUGCUAAUGGGGAAAAGUCAUGAGAGCCACCGCUUAUACUUCAAAGGGGAAAGAGUGAAGUGGAUUUCAGUGGAGGAGCUGGAUGAUCUGCUAGAACUGAAAGCUGAACAUCCUGAUGCCAGACUGAUUGUUGGAAACACUACUGUGGGACCCAAGAUGGUGCUGAAGGAUGCACACCACCCAUUGAUUAUCUAUGCUGGAGGGAUUUCAGAGCUGAGGACAAUUCGGUGGACUGACCAAGGUGUGACUGUAGGUGCUGCGUGCACUCUCUCCAUGCUGAAGGAAACUCUCGAGGUGGCUGAACGGCGGCUGGGGCCAGAGAGGAGCAGAGUGACCCAGGCCUUAGUGACCACACUGCGGUGCCUGGCAAGCAAGCAGAUCCGCAAUAUGGCUACUAUUGGCGGAAACAUCCUAAGUGCCAACCCCAAAUAUGACCUGAAUAGCAUCCUGGCUGCAGCAGGGUGCACUCUCCAGGUCAUCUCAAAAGAUGGGACAAGAGAGAUCCCGCUGGAUGAAAACUUCUUCGCUGGGUUUGGCAAGACAAUCCUAAAGCCCAAUGAGGUUCUUCAGUCUGUGCACAUUCCCCUCACUGGACCUUGGGAGUUUGUGUGCGCCUUCCGUCAGGCGCAGCGGAGAGAGUUUGCCUUCUCCAUGGUGAACGCUGGCAUGAAGGUGACCCUGAAGGAGGGCACUGAUGGGGUGGAGUCCCUGCGGGUGUUCUACGGAGGGGUGGGACCCACGCUGAUCCAAGCCAGACACACCUGCAAAGAGCUCGUAGGACGGCCCUGGAGAGAGGAGCAGCUGGAGGAUGCCCUCAUGCUUCUGCGGGAGGAGAUCGAUCUCUCCCAGGGAGCCCAUGGAGGGCGGGAGGCGUACCGCGAGACCCUGGCGCUCAGCUUCUUCUUCAAGUUCUACAUGCAUGUCCUGCAGGAGCUCAGGGAGAAGGAUGUGUGCAUCAGUGACAUACCACUGGAUCACCUCAGCGCUCUGAAGUCCUUCAGCAAUGAAGCUCCACAGGGAAAGCACUCUUACCAGCUAGUUGCUGAGGCCCAGUCCUCCAAGGACCCAGUUGGACGGCCCAGAAUGCACCAGGCUUCUUACCAGCAGGCUACGGGCGAAGCACAGUACUACGAUGACAUACCACCUGUCAGAGGAGAGCUUUUUGUUUCUAUGGUGACCAGUACGAAAGCUCAUGCCAAGAUUCUUUCCAUCGACGCCUCAGAUGCUCUUGCUACUCCAGGGGUCGUGACCUUCAUCUGCGCCGCCGAUGUCCCUGGUCAGAACCGACGGCUGUGGUUCAACAACGUUGAAGAAUUAUUCGCUGAAGAAGAGGUGGUGUGUGUGGGUCAGAUAAUUGGUGCCGUGGUGGCCGAGACCCGCGAGCAGGCCAAGAGGGCAGCAGGAAGGGUCAGACUGACAUAUGAGGACCUGCUCCCUGUGUUCUUCACCAUACAGGAGGCCAUAGAGCAUGAGUCUUUCUUCAACCCCAAGAGGAAACUGGAGAGAGGCGAUGUGGACAAGGCCUUUGAGGAAGUGGACUGCAUCUUAGAAGGGGAGAUGUACAUGGGCGGGCAGGAGCACUUCUACCUGGAGACCCAGGGGGUGAUCGCUGUGCCCCGCCCGGAGGCCGGCGAGAUGGAGCUGUUUGUGGCCAGCCAGCACGCUGCGUAUACUCAGGAAGUCGUGGGCACCACCCUGGGUAUUGAUGCCAAUAAAAUCACCUGUCAUGUGAAGAGGCUUGGAGGAGGUUUUGGGGGGAAAGUCAUGAAGAUCGCCUCCCUAUCAGCCAUCGCAGCUACGGCUGCACACAAGACUGGCCGUGCAGUUAGAUGUGUUUUAGAUCGGAGUGAUGACAUGCUGAUUACCAGUGGAAGACAUCCGUUCCUGGGGAAGUAUAAGGUUGGCUUUAUGAAAGAUGGGACAGUUCUGGCAGUGGACAUGACAUACUACAGUAACGGUGGAUGUACACUGGACGAGUCCUCAUUUAUCAUGGAGAAAGCUCUCCUUCACAUGGACAACGGCUACCGGAUCCCCCACAUGCGUGGGCGCGGCCUGGUGUGUAGGACCUACCUGCCCUCCUACACGGCCUUCCGCGGCUUUGGGGGGCCGCAGGGCCUGACCAUGAUCGAGAGCGUCCUGCAGGAAGUGGCCACACACUGUGGUCAGCCCGCUGAGAGGGUGCGGCAGCUGAACAUGUACAGAGAUGAGGAGUCCCUCACCCACCACGGGCAGCUCUUCUGCCCCAGCACCAUGCUCCGCUGCUGGGAGGAGUGUCUGGACAAGGCCCAGUACCACACCCGGAGGCAGGCCAUCCAGCUCUUUAACGCCCACAACUACUGGAGGAAGAGAGGAAUCUGUGCUGUGCCCCUCAAAUUCGGCAUCGGCUUCUCCAAGGGCUUCUACAACCAGGGCGCGGCCCUGGUGAACAUCUACAAAGACGGCUCUGUGCUGGUAUCUCACGGAGGGACGGAAAUGGGGCAGGGCAUCAACACCAAAGCCAUACAGAUUGCAAGCCGCAUCUUGAAGGUGCCCAUGUCACUGGUCCACAUAAAGGAGACGUGUACGGGCAAUGUGCCCAACGCUGCCCCCUCAGCCGCCUCCUUUGGCACCGACGCAGUGGGCAUGGCUGUAAAGGAUGCUUGUGAGACAUUAAUGAAUCGCCUGGAGCCAGUGAUGCAAAAACAUCCAAACUACUCUUGGCCUCAACUGAUUGUUGAAGCAUACUGCCAGAAGAUUAGCCUCUCUGCCACUGGCUUCUUCAUGGGUGCCCACACUAAUGUGGACUGGGAGAAGGGUGAGGGGAACGCCUACUACUACUUCACCUUUGGGGCCUGCUGCUCCGAGGUGGAGAUCGACUGCCUUACAGGAGACCAUAAAAACAUCAGGACUGAUAUAGUAAUGGAUGUUGGACAGAGCCUGAACCCAGCUCUAGAUAUCGGACAGACCGAGGGAGGCUUUGUGCAGGGCGUCGGCCUCUACACCAUCGAGGAGCUGCAGUUCUCCCCGGAGGGGGUUCUGAUGACCCGCGGGCCGUCGCAGUACAAAGUCCCGGCACUGUCUGAUGUCCCCACGCAGCUCAACGUCCACCUGCUUCCCGACUCUCACAACCCCCAUGCCAUCUACUCAUCCAAGGGGAUUGGUGAGCCACCCGUGUUCUUUGGCUGCACCCUCUUCUUUGCCAUAAAGGAGGCGAUCGCGGCUGCCCGUAGAGAGCGAGGCCUGAGUGACCGCUUCCCACUGAGCUCCCCCGCCAGCGCAGAGAAGAUACGCAUGGCCUGUGAGGACCAUUUCACCAAGAUGGCUCCCUCUGCACAGAAAGGACCCCGCAGACCGUGGAAAAUCAAUGUCUGAGCCCAUGAGGACCCCAGAAGUAACUCACUUACUACUGAAAGAAAAGAAGAGGGUUUCAGUCAUGUAGUCAAUAGGUUCAGUGGCUUCUCUGUGGUGCAUCUGCCACAGCUAAGACAGCCUGGCAUGCCUUGCAUGACAUUUGGUAACACUUUACUACCUACCGGUCUGGAGCCAGAGCCAUGCUUCUGAGCCAACACACCAAAAUGUUGUGCUGCAUGUUUGCCAACCUCAUCAGCUAAGGCAUUGCCUUCUGUGUGGUUGUCAUUCCCAGCAGAGUGGCCUUUAAAAAUGGCUAUUUGUUUGAGAAGCACCACUGCCUUACCCAUAAUGAGAGAUUGGUUUACCUUCAGCAGUUUUUUAAAACCUCUCUGUUCCCACAAAGGCCCAAAAUCAUGACCUACACCAAAAGCAUACCUGGAGUCUGUACGUUGUUAAAGAAAUAAAUGUCACACACGAGUCAAAGCCACCACCUUAGCACCCUGUGCAGAGAAAAUGUCGAGGGACCCCACCUCCCAAACCACAUUUAGGAGCUGGACAAUGGCAUAACCACAGUGCAAUUCAGUAUCAGAAACUUUAAAAAAAGGGCCAGCCACAUAGAAGUCCACAGCACCUUCAAUAGGACUGGAACACAGAUCUGAUUUUCUGUUUCUAGCUUGUAGCAGACACGUCGUUUCCCACUGGGAGUCCCUGCAUUCUCUCCCUCUCAUUGGCCAUUUCUGGGGUUCUCCUUCAGAUGAUCGCGACUAGUGCUGACAUACAAACAUUCAAUAUUUAGCAGAAAUCUUCAUCUUUGUACGCAUUCCAUUUCAUGUGACUAACAAGUUGUUCUCUUCCACUGUGAGGCAAAAACAUUUCUGAGACUAUGUGCUGUCCUGAUUCUUGAAUUCUUUAGCUAUGAAAGAUCUCAUUUAAAUGUCUCACUUCAACUAAGAAUUGUAUACAACUUCAUACAACGAUUGGAAUGACCAAUACUUAACUGUUCUUUUGGUUGGGGGUAUGGGGAUCAUGUGGAUUUGAUUUGCCAUGUCCAUGGGUGGUGUCCAGUCUGAUACACACAAACACCAAGCAUUCUGAUUUAUAUUCUGGG